AUGAGUCGACUGCUUUGGAUGCAAAGCUUAUUGCUUUUAAAUUUUAUCGCCUCAAGUUAUACUAGACCACUAGGAGCAUCGCACAGAGUUAUUCCAGUAACGACUAUCGAACAAGCAAACUACCCUCAAUACGCCUUCAGCUACGCAGUCCACGAUCCCCACACAAACGACAACAAAGCCCAGUGGGAGACGAGGAAUGGAGACGAAGUGAAUGGCGAAUAUUCCUUGCUGGACCCGGACGGGACGGUCAGGGUUGUGAAAUACAAUGCCAACGACCACAAGGGUUUCACCGCUGUUGUGAAUAAAAUAGGCGCCAGUGUACAUCCUACAAACGUCGUCUCCAACGUUCCGGUGGUUCUUAACCCAGCGCCUCCAGUCGCCGUCCAUGCCGUUCGAGACGUCCCGGUCCGAAUACCGCUUUUACCACCUCCGCCAACUAAGAUACAUAUAUCUCAUGAGGUUCCGGUGCACCCAACGAAGGUUUCCGUAACUCAGCACGUGGGACCCAGCAUAUCGUACGGGGCAGGGGGGGUAAACGUACCCGUCGGUGUGUCACACGUGGUGUACCAGAGAGGUAGUUUGCCCUGGGAUCCUCAUACCGGUUCCUUCGGUGGGUGGCGACCGUUACACGGCCCAAUAACGGACGAACCAUACGCAACGAUAAUUGCACGUAAAUAUAUUGACGGAAAUCUCCAUAAAAUUAUCACUGGGCCGAUCAAUUUGGCUGGUAAAACGUUGUAUAUAAGGAAAUCUCACCGAUAA